CACAGAAGCUCUUAGGCUUGGAUUUGAGCUAUGCACCUGGGCAGGGGAAAUGUCUCCUCACAUGCUGAGAAAGAAAGUGCAGCAAACAGUCAGCUAGGGGGAGUGAAGGAUGCAGUUUGGGAGAUGAGUGCCGCCAAGGAGGACAGCCGGUGUCAGAAGGCAGUUCGGAUUGUCACCGACCUGUGCCGGAAGAAAAGCCUGCCCAGCCUGGAUUUGGACACCUGCAGGGGGUUCCUCCUCCUGCCUUCAGACCAGAGCCUGAGUAUCUCGGAGCCAGAGCUCUCCAUCAGCCUCCUUGCAGUGAUAGUUAUUGUGUGUGGCCUCGCCUUGGUGGCAGUUUUUCUCUUUCUCUUUUGGAAGCUGUGCUGGGUGCCCUGGAGGAACAAGGCCAUUUCUUCUAACGUCUCCCAAAGCGAGGCGGCCUGCAACCAGGAGACCAUGGCAGGCAAGCUAAAGGACACAGGCACGCUUGGCUUCCUGGAGGCAGCUGUGAAGAUCAGCCACACCUCACCGGAUAUCCCAGCUGAGGUCCAGAUGUCCAUGAAAGACCAUAUCACGCGGCACGUACGGCUACAGAGGCAAACGACGGAGCCGGCAUCGUCCACCAGGCACAUUUCCUUCAAGAGGCACCUGCCUCGGCAGAUGCACGUGUCCAGCAUGGACUAUGGCACAGACCCGCCCCUUGAGGCCGAGCAGCCAACGAGCAUCGGAAGGAUUAAACCAGAGCUUUAUAAGCAAAAGUCUGUGGACUCUGAGGACCCGAAAAAGGAGGCGGCAAAAACCUGUGGGAAAAUAAACUUCACCCUCAAAUAUGACUAUGAGAACGAGACGCUGAUUGUGCGGAUCCUCAAGGCCUUUGACCUGCCGGCCAAGGAUUUCUGCGGCAGCUCAGAUCCCUACGUCAAGAUCUACCUCCUGCCGGACAGGAAGCGCAAGUUCCAGACACGAGUCCACAGGAAGACUCUGAACCCCACCUUUGAUGAGUCCUUCCACUUCCCUGUGCCCUAUGAGGAGCUGACUAGCAGGAAACUCCACCUGAGUGUCUUCGACUUCGACAGGUUCUCCAGGCAUGACAUGAUAGGGGAGGUUAUCUUGGAGAACCUGUUUGAGGCCUCGGACAUUUCCCGGGAAACCUCCAUCUGGAAGGACAUUCAGUACGCGACAACUGAAAGCGUGGACCUGGGAGAGAUCAUGUUUUCCCUUUGUUAUUUGCCAACCGCAGGUCGCCUCACCUUAACAGUCAUUAAAUGCAGGAAUCUUAAAGCUAUGGAUAUUACUGGCUACUCAGAUCCGUAUGUCAAGGUGUCUCUGCUUUGCGAUGGGCGGAGGCUGAAAAAGAAGAAAACCACCAUUAAGAAAAACACUCUUAAUCCUACCUACAAUGAGGCGAUAAUCUUCGACAUUCCCCCAGAGAACAUGGAUCAAGUUAGCCUUCUUAUCUCCGUCAUGGAUUAUGAUAGAGUUGGUCAUAAUGAGAUCAUUGGAGGUUGCCGUGUGGGGAUCAAUGCUGAGGGACUGGGCCGAGACCACUGGAACGAGAUGUUGGCAUACCCUCGCAAACCAAUCGCACACUGGCACCCAUUAGUGGAGGUGAAGAAAUCCUUCAAAGAGUGGCAAGGCCGAGCGGCAAGCUUCGACAGCCAAGGCUCGUGUCCAUCUCCUAAGCCACUUCCCACACCAUGAGCCACCGAAGCAGUGGACUAGAAUGGGACUAAACAAAGUUCUUUUGCACUUGUCCUACACAGUCUGAACAACUUAUUGGUGAGUGGCACCAGCGAGGCACUCCAGGCCUAGUUGUUCCAAUGUAGGUAAAGGCAGAAGAAAUGCUUUGUGGUCAAAUUUGUCUUGGUUUGUUACGUCUCCCAAGGUGAUGUUUGUGGCUUUCAUUUUAUGGAUCUGCUGUCAGAGGAAGAAGAUGGAACAAAACAUGAGCUGGAAGGUUGAUCUGUAAAAUAACCUGUAAAAUGCUGGACCAGUAGCAGAGACCUUCUCAGCCUCUCUGAACACCGAUGAUAUGCCCCAGGGAAGAGGCAUGGGGAGAAGCAUGCGGCUGCAUUUUCUGCCUCUGAUUGGAACUAUAUAAAUAGAAGCCUUGAUUAGACUUCAUGUGACCAGUUCUUUAUUAUUGUGAUCAAUCUGAAUUCAGCCACAUGUUUACAGGUUUCUUAUUCAUGUAGAAAUGUUCAUGAGCCUUUCAAAGUUCGUGCUGUGUGUACCCCAAACUUCCUUCUGUGACGUAUUAAAGAUUUGUUGAUUCCUCAGGGAAAAUGAUCCAUUUUCUGUAUAUGUAUUCUCCCUAGGGCUAUUUGCAUGAACAGUUACGAUCCUGUCUGCACCUGCUGCUCAUUCCUCUGUGACAUCACUUGACAUCACUUGUCUGAUGUGGAGUGAAGAGGACUGUAUUGACACAAGCAGGGUUCUGAUGUGAGGUGGGAAAUAGGUUAUAGGAGCAGGUGAAAGUCUUGCAUGAACACUGGAGCUUUAUUUUAUAAAUAGUCCUAGUAGUACAGCGUGAGAGAAUACAGGGGAGCACAAAACAUAUAAACAAGUGGAGGGGGGGGUGUUAAUUUUUUUUUUAAGCUUUUAAACUAGGGCUGUCAAACAAUUUUAAAAAAAUCACAAUUCAUCAUGAGUUUUAAAAAAAAGUUGUGAAUAAUUGCAAUUUUAAUUGCACUGUUAAACAAUACUAGAAUAUCAAUUGAAAUUCAGCAUGGAAGCAUGUCCUCUGGAAUUGUGAUGAAGCACAAACAGGUAUACAAACGUGUAGCACAUCGGGCACGUAAAUAUCUUGCAAUGUUAGCUACAACAGUGCCAUGCGAAUCCCUGUUCUCACUUUCUGGUGACAAUGCUGCUUGCUUCUUAUUUACAAUAUCUCCCGUAAAUGUAAAUGAGCUUGUUUGUUUUAGCGAUUGGCUGAACAAGAAGUAGGACUGGGUGGACUUGUAGACUCAGAAGUUAUACAUUGUUUUGUUUUUGAGAGCAGUUAUGUAAAAUAAAUUUCUAUAUUUGUAAGUUGCACUUUCAUGAAAGAUUACACUACAGUACUUGUAUGGGGUGAACUGAAAAAUACUAUUGUUUCAUUUUACAUGGCAAAUAUUAGUAAUGUAAUAUAAAAUGAGCACUGUACACUUUGUAUUCUAUAUUGUAAUUGAUAUCAAUAUAUUUGAAAAUGUAGAAAAAAUCCAAAAUAUUUAUAGUAAAUUUAAAAAAUAGAUACCAAUUUAACAGUGUGAUUAAAACUGCGAUUAAUUACAAUUUUUUUAAUGUAGUUAAUUUGUUUUGCGUUAAUCUCUUGAUUUAACUGACUAAUUCACAGCCCUACUUUAAAUUUUCUGUCAGUUGUAAGCAGCUAUUUAUUAAGAAAAGUGUCUAAAAUCUCAGACUUUUACCUGGGUUUAUGUUGUGAAUAAUGAAUGGUUGCUAAUGCCAUUGGCUGCAAGAUCUAGAAGAUGUUACCACAUCUCAGUACCAUAUUUUUGACUGGUAUUUAUUAGCAAUUAGACUUUCUGAGACUUUUCAUCUUGGACGUCUGUUCUCUAAAUUGCUAAAUACAUUAGUGUUUGUUUCACUGAUAUUAAACAAUUUUGGGCAGCCAUCCUCUUCCUCUCCAAUCACCAAUGUACGUGGAUGGUGACUCAGGUUAGCAAGCACCUGAGCGAGCAAUCACAAUUUCCAGCUCAGCCUCAUUUUCCCUAAAUGUUAGACCAUACAUUAGUCUAUACUGUGCAUUAUGAUUGACUGAUCUGAAUGUUCUAGACUUUUGUGUGUGUGUCUUUGCUGGGUGAGAGGGAGCCGUUGUUCAGUGAAGCACAAAUACCUAACUUCUCACCAGACUUUGGAUCUUAAUUCUCUGUGUGCCACAUGCUAAAG